CAGGCGGCCGGGGGAGGGCUCCGCUGCUAGUCCCCUGCCCAGCCCAGUCAGCCCGCGCCCGGGACCUGCCAGCCUGCCGGGCACCCCUGCCGACCCCACCGGCCUCGCUGCCCUGCCUCCUCAACUUUCCUUCCUUCCUUCCUUCCUUCCUUUCUUUCUUUCUUCCACCUGUUUCCCUCCUCCUCCUUGCCGCCCAGCCCGCAGGAGGCUCCUGCCUGCCGGGGUGUUGUUGUUUUUUUUGGCCAUUAUUAUUUCCCCCGCCGCCGCCUUCCUCCUUGACCUCCAUCCAACCUUGACUUGGGAUCUAAACUUGUUUCCGCAAAGAGCCAGGGAGAGCCGGACCGCUCAGGGCCACCUUCCUAAUCUCAGGCAGGAUUUGAACUCGGCACAGCCCGGCCAGGGGAAAUGCCAACCGGGUUCCAGCAGAUACGGACAGAGGAGGAAGGACUGGAAGACGUGGGGAAUGGGAUAACCCCCACCUUAAUCUUGUCCGUCUUCACGGCUGUCUUGGGGUCCCUGCAGUUUGGAUACAACAUCGGCGUCAUCAACGCACCGCAAGAGAUAAUUGAACAAGAGUACAAUGACACCUGGAUACAUCGCCAUGGUGAGCCUAUUAACCCCAACACCCUCAAAACGCUGUGGUCUUUAUCCGUCGCCAUCUUCUCCAUCGGGGGCAUGAUCUCUUCCUUCAUGGUGGGUGUUGUCUCAGAAUGGCUUGGCAGGAAGAGGGCCAUGAUUGUCAACAAUGCUUUGGCCUUCCUUGGCGGUGCCUUCAUGGGCCUGGCCAAACUUGGUAAAUCCUACGAGAUGAUGAUCAUUGGACGAUUCCUGAUUGGGGCUUUCUCAGGAUUCGCUUCAGGUCUCGUCCCCAUGUAUGUGGGGGAAAUCUCCCCCACCAACCUGCGGGGGGCACUGGGCACGCUGAAUCAACUAGCCAUUGUCAUUGGAAUCCUUAUUGCCCAGGUUUUUGGCCUGGACACCCUCCUGGGCACACCCACCCUGUGGCCCAUCCUGUUGGGCAUCACCGUGGUCCCUUCCAUCCUCCAGCUCCUGCUGUUCCCCUUCUGCCCCGAGAGCCCUCGAUUCCUCUACAUCGUCCGCAACAAGGAGUCUAAGGCCAAAGAAAGUCUCAAGCGGCUGACAGGCCGUGUGGAUGUGAGUGUGGCUCUGACGGAGAUGAAAGAAGAGAAGCGGCGCAUGGACCUGGAACGGAAGGUCUCCAUCCUGCAGCUCUUCCGCUCCCGCAUAUAUCGCCAGCCCUUGCUGAUUGCGGUGGUCUUGCAGCUUUCCCAGCAGCUCUCUGGCAUCAAUGCGAUAUUCUAUUACUCAACUGACAUCUUCAAAAAGACUGGGCUGGAGCAACCCAUCUAUGCCACUAUUGGUGCUGGUGCGGUAAACACGGUGUUCACCGUCGUUUCGGUGUUUCUCGUGGAGCGGGCCGGCAGGCGAACCUUGCAUUUGCUGGGAUUGGCUGGGAUGAUGGUGUGUGCCAUCCUGAUGACCGUGGCUCAAAACCUGUCGGACCGCGUACCGGCAAUUAGCUAUCUCAGCAUGGUAGCCACCUUUGGCUUUGUGGCGUUCUUUGAGAUUGGGCCAGGGCCCAUUCCGUGGUUCAUUGUGGCGGAGUUGUUCAGCCAGGGCCCCCGCCCAGCUGCAAUGGCCGUGGCCGGCUGCGCCAACUGGACCUGUAACUUCAUCAUUGGCAUGAGCUUUCCGUCAAUUGCGGAUGCUUGUGGCGCCUUUGUCUUCCUCAUCUUUGCGGCUCUCCUGCUAGCCUUCUUGAUCUUCACGUACAUCAAAGUACCGGAGACGCGAGGGCGCACCUUUGAUCAGAUUGCUGCUACAUUCCGACGCACCCCAUCUUUGUUAGACCAAGAGAUCAAGCCGUCCACAGAACUGGACGAACUGAGCCCAGAAGCCUAUGAAUGAAUGGAAGCUGGGAGGGGCGUGGAGGGGGGAGAACACUAACACCCAAAGGACACAGGAAAUGUGUGGUCCGUGGACUGGGGAGGUGGGGUGGAUGGCAGCAGGUACCAGGAACUGUCUAGCACUUUAAUGAUACCGCAAGGCUUAGAGAGUCUUGGGGCGUGGUCAGAGUUGAACCUUUUUUCCCCCUUUAGGUCAGUUUUUAGUCUGGAUGUGUUUUAAUUUCCUUUCCUUUUUAAAAAAAAGAAAAAAAAUAAUUUAAUAAAAAGCAGGACAAGCAAGUUGAUGUAUGUGGGGGGUGGGGUGGCUAGGAACUUGAGGCCCUCUUCUGUUUUUGGAGGACAAAAAGCUUGUGGUGUGGAAGACUCAUGAGGAGCCACAGCUUUUGUUGCUGGAAAUAAAGGAUUGUAGGGGAUUUGCGCCUUCAGAGGCUAUCUUGCCGUCAAGAUCUGGAAAAGCGUUAGCAAACCCAAAGGCAGAGGCUUAGACUGAAGGGGGGGAUUAAUUCUGAGGGCAACUACGAAAUGAAUCCUCUCCUUGAGAUUUUGAUUAUCUUUGUCUUGUUUCAGUUUUUAACUUGAGCCAGGGCUGAGCCCGGCUUUGCUGAUGGGGCUCAGCCCUGACAUGCUCAUGCAGUUGUUGUAGUCAAGAACAGAGUGCCCCAGAACAUGUGCCAAAUUUCUUUCCCCUCAGCCUUGAGAAACCGCACUCGAGCCCACCCCAGCAUCCAUCUCUGGGUUUGGGGGUCCAGGCUACUAUGCUUGAGGACGGUUUCCAUUCUAGAAAUUAAGUACUGGCUGCGGCUGGCUAAAAACAUUCUGGGAUGCCCUGCUCAUUGAGGCACUGCACAGAUCCCAAACCAGGCUAUCCGGGUGAAGCUGAGGGAGAGCUUUGACCUCAGGGACAAUAAACAGUCAAUCAUGGCAUCGUUGUGGCCUUAAGCCCAUGCUACAGCAUCACUCCUCCGCCCCCAAAUCCCCUCUUUUGCCCACACUGUGGUUGCCUAGCAACAGCCGCAGAGGCCUUUCUUGGUUCAGUGGCAGCCAUUUUGCCACUGGCUGUGCUUAGUCACCACUGAGUACAUUCCCAAAACACUUCUAGGUUGAGGGAAAGAGAAGGCUCAGGGAGUGAGGUAGGACAGGGAGAGCAACACAGAUCAGAAAGGGAAAGGAGUAUGCAGCCCCUGAGGGUGGGACACAGCCGUGGGUAGAGAGAAGGGCAUUGCCCAUGACGCCAGGGAGGGGCAUGCUUGCCACCUCACACAUAGGUCCCACCAACACACCCUACCUUCCCACAACCUACCUCAGAGAAGGGGAAAGAACAGUUAUAAGGAUAUGCAUAAGGAUACCAUUCAUCCUAAACGGCAAGUUUGAAACCAGAGUGAACAUGGCUAACUCGCCAGUUAUAUUCAGGUGACAUUGCUCCCAUGCUCUCAGGAUCCUAGUUUCAUAAAUAUGCUCAGCUCGCACACAGGAUUUCUUGGCCAAAAAUGUAAAUGUACUGCCUUCAAGUCGAUUCCGACUUAUGGUGACCCUAUGAAUAGGGUUUUCAUGAGGCUGAGAGGCAGUGACUGACCCAAGGUCACCUAGUGAGUUUCAUGGCUGCGUGGGGAUUCGAACCCUGGUCUCCCAGGUUGUAGUCCAACACCUUAACCACUACACCACACUGGCGCUCUAUUUUCUUUGGCCAGGAACUAUGGAAAUCAAAGAGGUUUAAUUUUAUAGCAUAGGCCCUAUCAUGAUGUGCCAUCAAAGUCCAAACCAAUUUACAGUACUUCAGAAUCCAGACUUGAACAUGUGCAAUGAAAAUUCUAGUGGCUUGAGCUUUGGAUCCCUUUGCACUGAUUCUUCAGCAGUUUUUCCCAUGGCACUUGAAAAAAAUUAAAGAGUUUUUUUCCCCCUCUGCAAAAGGUGGAAUUUUAAAACAAAAGCAAAUGGACUGUAUCACUCCAUGUUACCUGCCUGCACUCAAAUGAAAGCAACAAGGACUCUUAAGUUUUAAAGGGUUUCCCUUGGGUCUCUCCAAGAGAUGCAAUUGUUUGUGUAUUUAAUUGGAGAAAAAGACUCUUUGUCAAAAUUACAGGCGUGUUUGUGUGCGUAAGCAUGUUAAUGUUUGUAUUUUCAGGAAAAAUAUGUAUUUGUAUAUAAAUAGGCUACUUUUUGGUUGUCA